AAUUGCAGAAACUGCUAAUGUCCAUCUAUACACCUCGCAACGUGCUAGUCACUGGAGGUUGCGGUUUUAUUGGUUCCAAUUUUGUGAAUUAUAUCUUUCGGGUUUGGCCACAAACUAACAUUGUCAACAUUGAUAAACUGAUUCUGAAUUCGAAUGCUUUCUAUGUGGAUGAAGAAGUAAUCGAUUCAUCCCGAUACAAGCUUGUCACAGCUGACAUACGUAACAGUGUAUUAGUUGGACGCAUCUUGAACGAAAACAAGAUUGAUACUGUAAUACACUUUGCUGCGGACUGCACUUCAACGCGAUGUUAUGACGAUCCUGUGGAGUCGAUUGAAAAUAAUGUGAUUGCAUUUAUCCGGUUUAUGGAGAGUAUUCAUUCCUAUAAAAAAGUCGAAAGAUUCGUACUUAUUAGUACUGAUGAGGUAUACGGUGACUCUAAUCUGGUAGCAGAUGAAAAAGGCAAAAUUGAGGAUGCACUUCUUUUGCCCGGAAAUCCUUAUGCAGCUACAAAGGCAGCCUGCGAAUCAUAUGUUCAUAUUUGCUGCGAAUCGUUUGCAAUGCCUAUUAUUAUUUUACGCAUCAACAACAUCUAUGGACCUAAUCAGUGGGAUGUCAAGGUAGUUCCUCGCUUCAUUAAAUUGGCCAGAAAUAUGGAAAAAUUUACUGUGCAAGGCAGUGGGAAACAAUUACGUUCAUGGCUAUAUGUCGACGAUGCUGCUGAAGGCAUUCGAAAAACUGUCGAAAGUGGAAAAAUUCAUGAAAUUUAUAACAUCGGAACUUAUUUUGAAAUGAAUGUAAUCGAUCUUGCACGUGUUAUACAAGCGGAAGUAGACCGACAACUUGGACGAAAUCCAACUCCCGUGGAAUUUAUUGGUGUACUAGAUCGGCCAUAUAAUGAUUUACGCUACUUGCUUGAUUACAGCAAAAUUAAUCUGGACACUGGCUGGUCACCAAAAGUAACAUUUGAAGCAGGUAUCAGUCGGGUUGUCGCUUCGGCAUUAAGCCCACCAAAAAAGAAUCAGAAGAUGGUCGUUGUUAUUUACGGCGGUAGAGGUUGGAUUGGACAGCAGUUCUGUAAGAAAUUGCUUGAGCGGAAGGUCCAUUUUACUUUGGCCAAUUGUCGAAUCGGAAAGAAUAGCGAUGAAGAGGUUUUGGAUGAAUUAAAUGGCUUCUGUUGUACACAUGUACUCUGUUGUACGGGAAGAACGCACGGUGGUAAAUUCAAAACAGUGGAAUAUCUGGAAGGAGGACCAAAACAAACUUUUGAGAAUAUACGGGAUAAUUUGUACUCAACGAUGGCUUUAGCAAGGAUAUGCCAAACAUUGGGUUUGCAUUUCACUUAUAUCGGAACUGGAUAUUUAUUUGCAUAUGAUAAGGACCAUCCAAUAGGCAGCAAAGGCUUCACUGAUAAUGAUUUGCCAACAUUUUUCGGAAGUUCAUACUCGGUUGUGAAAGGUAUCACUGAUCGUAUGAUACAGCAUUAUCAAGGUGGAAUCAAAGAGUGCUUAAAUGCUCGAAUAACGUUACCACUCAAUUUCUGUUUAGACGAUGAGAGAAAUCUGUUGACCAAAAUUUUAGGAUAUAAGCAAAUAUUCGACAUUCCAGUAUCGAUCACAAUACUGGAUGACUGCAUACCAGCACUUAUUGAUCUCAUGGAAAGACGUGUUGGUGGCAAUUUGAAUUUAGUCAAUCCCCAGCCGAUCAGUUUUUCCCAGAUACUGGAACUCUACAAGAAGAUUGUUUGUUCAGAAAUACAUCACUACGAGAUACUAGAUUCGAACGAUAACAAAUAUCGUGAGCUAUGUGCGACAAAAGGUAACUGCGCUUUGGAUACGUCCAAAUUGGAACAGCUUUGUCCAGAGAUUCCGAACAGUUUCGAAAGUCUACGGAAGGGUUUCACGAAGAUGAGAGAUAACCUCAAGUGAUUCAAAUCUUGCCUUUAGGUAAUCACAAUAGACAAAUCAUUAUGAGAUAAUUGCAUACCUUGACCACAUGCAAAAUAUUUCUCGUGAAUUAUUGGCAUGGGAUAAAUUUUUAAAAAUUAAAAAUAAAAUUAAAACCGACCUCAUUUUUGGGAUGAUUAUUGUAUCAACAUCGGACAUCAUCUCUCUGCAUCACGACAAUUGACAAAUGCCCCAGCGAAAAUUAUUUAAGCAGGCGAGUAAUUAACGAAAUUUUUCAUCCUGCAAUUGAAUUUUUCGAAGCCUUCUUUGAUCCGUUAUGUGUG